GAGUUAAAAAGCAACUAUUUGACAGCAGGCGCUGCAUCAAAAUUUACUUUUGUAUUACUUAGUGAAAAGUCUCAUAAGUUUUCAAGAACCGAUAAUUUCAAUUGCACUAAGUCUUCUCUAAACUCACGUUGAAAAUGUUUACCAAACGUUUGGGCCACCUCAAAGCCGUGGCAAUAACACACAAUGUGUGCUGGCCGCGAGUCACAGGAACGCAGCAACUGGGCCGUGUCUACAGCACAAAGAAGCAACAACAGCAGCAGCAGCAGCAGCAACAACAGCAGCAGCAGCAGCCACAACAGCCACAACAGCCACAACAGCCGCAACAGCCUCACCUACAGGAGCAGGGCUUGGCCGACGAGGAGCAGAAGGGGGAAGUCGAGUGGCUGUCGCAGGAGCUGGCCGCAGCCAAGGUGGAGCACAAUGAGCUGCUUGACAAAUACAAGCGUGCCCUGGCCGAUGGCGAGAAUAUGCGCAAGCGACUCAAUAAACAGAUCGACGAUGCCAAAAUCUUUGGCAUACAGGGCUUCUGCAAGGAUCUGAUCGAGGUGGCCGAUGUGCUGGGCCAUGCCACACAGGCUGUGCCCAAGGAUAAGCUCAAUGCGAAUGCCGAUCUCAAGAAUCUGUAUGAGGGUCUCAAUCUGACGCGCGCCUCACUGCUGCAGGUAUUCAAGCGUCAUGGCCUGGAGGCCCUGGAUCCGAUCAAUCAGAAAUUCGAUCCCAAUCUACAUGAGGCCCUCUUUCAGACGUUGGACAAUACGGUUGAGGCCAACACUGUGGUGCAGGUCACCAAAUUGGGCUAUAAACUGCACAAGCGAUGCAUACGCCCCGCCCUGGUUGGUGUGUCCAAGCGUUAAGACCGAAGCCAUGCAAAUAUCUUUGUGUACCCAAAACAAUUCGACAUCCACUCUAAAUCUGCAACAUCUGUCCUACAUAAACUAUGGCCACCCUCACACAUUGUUCGCUAAAUUAUCUUUGUCAUGCUACAAAAUUCACAUAAAUAUAAAUAUCCACAAUCAA